AUGCUCAACUCUCUCAAGAAGCCCGCCGCUGCAUCAAGCACAGCAGCCCCAAAGAAGACCAUGACCCCUACGGAGCGCGCCGAGGCCGUCGCCGCCGCCGUCGCUGCCGCCCAAGCCGCCCAGGCUGCCAAGAAGGCUGCUGCCGCUCCCAAGUCUACACCCACAUCAGCAGCAAAGACGAAUGGCAAGGAUAGCAAGGAUAACAAGAAUACGUCAAAGGAUACCAAGGGAGCAGCAGCGACGAAUGGUGAAGCAAAGGAGGAAGGCGAGGCAGGAACGGAUGAUAAGGAUGAAGAGGAGGAGGAGAAGGAGGCUGAGAAGGGACAGAGCGGUGAAGCCAAGGCUGCGAUGAAGAACAUGACGGGAUAUCAGCAGGAGACUGAGCGUGAGGGCGUUGAUUCUGAUAAGCUUGAGAAGGCCAUGUCAUCGAUCACGGAUAUUGUCAAGAAGCAGAAGGCAGACAAGGCGCCUUCGGGAUCAAAGGAAGUCGAGAAGUUGACCUUGGCCAAGGAGGAUGUCGAGUUGGUGAUGGCCGAGAUGGACUUGACCAAGGCCCUUGCAGAAAAGUACUUGAAGGAGCAUGGUGGCGAUGUCACGAAAACCCUCGACGCCUUGGUCUCUGCUUAA